GCCAGUGCCUCUAACAGCGUCCCUCGAGUGCCAGAGACCACUGUCACGCCUGGUUUCUCUGCUCACUUUAUUCCUCCCUCCUCCGUCUCGCUCUCAACAUGGAGCCGGGUGGGUUAUGGAGCCAGGGGGAGGAUCCCCUCAUGGGGAGCUUUAACGCAUCGGAAUUCAACUCUGGUAUUCUUUCGUCUCCAAUAAUGUCGAGGACGAUGGAUAACCAGUCGUACAGCAUGUCAAACCAGACCUUGCCGUUUUUCGCCAGCAGCAUGGUGAUAACGGCGACCAUAUCUUUGAUCGUGUUCAUCGUCGGGCUCGUAGGCAACACGCUGGCCAUCUAUGUGGUCCUGCGGUAUGUCAAGAUGAAGACCGUGACCAACAUCUACAUCCUGAACCUGGCUGUGGCUGACGAGCUCUACAUCCUGGGCCUGCCAUUCCUGACUACACAGAACGUCCUCUCGUACUGGCCAUUUGGAUCCUUCCUGUGCCGCGUAGUCAUGACAACAGAUUCGCUCAACCAGUUCACGAGCAUCUUCUGCCUUACUGUGAUGAGCAUCGACCGAUAUUUGGCCGUUGUUCAUCCACUGCGUUCCAGCAGGCUGCGUCGACCCCGGGUGGCCAAAGUGGUGAGCACCGCAAUGUGGGCCACAUCCUUCAUCGUGGUGCUGCCGGUGGUGAUCUUCUCUGACGUUCAGGACAAUUUCAAUUCCUGCAACAUGAGCUGGCCAGAGCCGCGCAACUUUUGGCCAGUGGCGUUCAUCCUCUACACAUCUGUGCUCGGCUUCUUUGCGCCGUUGCUUGUGAUAUGUGCAUGCUACGUGCUCAUCGUGGUGCGGGUAAAGGCUUCGGGAGCGCGGGCAGGAUUUGGGAGGCGGCGUCGCUCUGAGCGCAAGGUGACGCGUAUGGUGGUGGUCAUCGUGGUGGCGUUCGUGCUCUGCUGGUUGCCCUUCUAUGUGGUCAACAUCGUCAAUCUCAUAUCCAUUCUACCCGAGAACAGCGUGAUGAUGGGCGUCUACUUCUUCUCAGUCAGCCUCACAUACGCCAACAGCUGUGCCAACCCGAUUCUCUAUGGCUUCCUCUCUGAUAACUUCAGGCAGAGUUUCCGAAAGGUGUUGUGUGUACGCAGGGCGAAUGGCGUAGAGGACGGGGAGCCGAGCGCACCACGCACUGAUAAGAUGAGCGCAAUCGAUAGCUUCCUGCCAGUGAGGAAUGACCACGUCAAUGGGCAUGUGCAGAAGAACCAGGACAUGGAACUGGAGCCACGCUCGGGUCAACCCUCGAAACUGCAACCAGUGAAAACCAAAGUGUGGCCUCAGACACCGACUCCACCCCCUGAGACUCCGCCCUGUCCUUCGCAUGACUGUGGCCGUGACCUCUGAGGAGGAGAGGAUUCUGGGUAUGUGGUCCUGACUGGAGCACGGAGGAAGGUGUAGGCGCAGUGCUGUCUUUACGCUCUGUAGGAGGCGAGAGUGAGACUUUACAAACUUCUAUGAAGUUCAUCAAGGAAAUCAAUAGUUCCUCGGCGGGAGGCUGCAGCGUAGCGAUCUGACACGUGGGCUGCUGCUCCUGAUUAAACAGAGAUGCAGAAUUCUGACAAACCUAUAACUUAUCAAUUUCUUUCUCUCUCUCUCACACACACACACACACACACAGCUGCUACAACCGAAUUAGUAGCCUCCAAAUCCGAUACCCGUUCUCCGCUAUCACCUGCUCCAUCUCGUCUCGCACUCCGCUUCCCCCUGCAGGACAUAUUGGAAAUGUUUCAACACCUAGUUGUUUUUCAGCACCGUGCUUGAUCUGGACCACAGGUUUGUGGAUCUAUGCCAAAUGAUCGAUGGUGUGUUCCUCAUCAUCAUCCCUGCAUGCUUUCAACACAACAACCUCUUUUGAACUGAAUGAAAACAACAGACUUAAAAAAAAAAAACUGAAUAAAAAUAAAUAGUUAUGUCUGUGCUUAGCAGAAUGUAGCUGAAGUGAUUUGUGCAGCUGCCAGGCCGCUGGAUUGUCCAAAGUCUGACUCUCGGCCUGCUGUUUGGACGUACUGUUCAAAACAAAGGUGUGUGAUUUGAGGCGUAGCCAGAGGAACGCUCGGCCCCGAGAGCCUUUCGGAAGCCAUGACUCUGUGAUCCCUCCAUUUUAUUAUAAUUUUUUUUUACUGAAAUGUGAAUUUAGGGACGCUGAGUUACUAUGAGACUCGUUUAAACAGACUGUGAUGUAUCAUGCUAUAAUGCACUUGUUGUUUCCUGCCUAUUGAAGAGAAAAUGUAAGCUUUAAUCACAGAGCAUGGAGGCUACACCCCUUCACUGAAUCUGACACAUGGUUACAUUGACCACGCCCCCUUCACUGAGACGUAAACCACAUAUAAGCUACAUCUUUAUUAUUAACACUGACAGACCUGGGACUGACACAUGCUUACAAAUACCCCGUCCCUUCACCGAGGCAUAAACCACUUAUAAGCUUUCCUAUUGACAUCUUCCUUAUUGACGCCCCUUCACUGAGGUUCACAUAGGCCACGCCCCUUCACUGAGAUGUAAAACACUCAAGAGCCACAUCCUUCUCAUUAACAGACCCUGACGCCACACCCGCUUCACUAAAACUGACAAAUGCCUACAAAGAUCACGCCCCCUUUACUGAGGCUAACAGCUACAAGUCACAUCUUCCUAAUUAACACUGACAGACCCUGGGGCCACGCCCCCUUCACUGGGACUGACGUACACUCACCUAGGCCACGCCCCUUCACAGAGACUGACACAUUCACAUAGGCCAUGCCCCCUCCACUGAGAUGCACAUAGGCCACGCCCCCUUUACAGAGACUAACACAUUCACAUAGGCCAUGCCCCCCUACUGAGACUCACAUAGGCCACGCCCCCUUCACAGAGACUGCUACAUUUACAUAGGCCAUGCCCCCUUCACUCACAUAGGCCACGCCUCCUUUACAGAGACUGACACAUUCACAUAGCCCAUGCCCCUUCCUCUGAGACUCACAUAGGCCACGCCCCCUUCACAGAGACUGACACAUUCACAUAGGCCAUGCCCCCCUACUUCACUUGGGGGGGGGGUAACACACUCCAUGAGACCACGCCCCUUUGGGCUUGAAGAUGUGAACGCCCAUGCGAUGUAAAGGAGCCGUCAUGAGAGAGAGGUUACAGUGUAUAUAGUUUAAACGUAAUGAAGUGCCUUUCCCGUCUUAAAGGGAAGACGUGGAGUCACAGCGCUCGAUGUAUAGACACACAGAUGCUCUGAUAUGGAUUUUAUCUUAAUUUUCUUUUCUUUU